ACAGUUCAAAGACCGAUGGACAUCAAGAACAGACCACGCAUUCCAAUUCCUGACGAGGAUCCCUACAGUAUUGCGAGCUCCAACGCGAACGGGUCGGGAUCCAGCGGCAGCUCUGGGGGGUACGGGCUUGGUAAUGGACACGUCAAUGGCCAUGGAGUGGUGGCCGCCACUAGAGAGCAACUAAUGAUGCAGAUGGGUCAAAGGAGAGGCGAGAAACCCCCCAAUCUACCGCCGAGGGAGAAUGGAUACGGACCUGCUGAUAUUCCCAAGCCUGAUUACGACGAUAUUGAAACAAACGGCCGCGUGCCGGCGCAGUUCCCGCGUGGCAAAUCCGAUAAAGGCAAAGAGAAGAAAUACGAUGACCCCUACUACUGCGGCCUACGCGCACGCGUUCCGAACUUCGUGAAGGCGAACGGGCAAAAAGUUUUGCCGCCGAUGCCCGAGCGCCUCACUCUGAAAGAGGCGCCGGUGCCCAGCAAGCGUUACAGCGUGGCCCACCCGCACCCCGGCCCAUUCCCGCCACACAUGCCAGCGUUUGCCCACGCCCCGAUGCCGCCGGCGGCGUUGUGGCACGCGCGCUCUUACGAGAGCGGAAUCGACGGAGAACACUAUGACCCAUACGCGUUAUACGGCCGCCUGCCCAUGCCUGGACGUGGCUUCCCACCACCACCAGCCCCACACGCACGCCACAUGUUCAUCGGAGAGUGGGAUUAAAGUGCAACACCACAAACACGGCAAUACUACCCGAUAUUAGACUCGAUUUAAGAAUAUUGUCACAUCGAUGUUAGGAAAUAUUAAUGAAACAGUAGCUGUUGUAAAAAAUAUGUAAAUGAUAAUUGACCAAAGACUGAUGUCUUUUUUGAAGCGAAUAUUUGUAGGAAAUCAUAUCGAUGUGACGGUAUUGAAAUUAGAAUUGGUGUAAAUAUUCGUAAUGUUUUAAGUUAUCGCGAAUUUAAAA